AUGCGGGAACGAGGCGAAGGAGACGUGAGAAAAGAGGCAGGUUCCUCGCCUGUUUCCACUUGUUUCUUUGGAAUCAGAUCCGGACCCACACGCGUCAUCACCACCUCGAGAGAAGACGCCCAGAAGUUGUUUUCUUUGUUUCUGAAGGGUGCGCAAGCAGAGGGAAACGAGGACCUCUCGAACCGCACGAGAGGGAACUUCCAAGCCGACCACGACGAAAAUGCAAAACGCGCCCGACGCACUGCCGUUCAGUUUAAAAAUUCUCGAGUAGAAAACGCGAAGCACGGCGAAGCGCGUCUCUCUGAAAACUCCAUAGAUUUGUGCCUCUCCUUCCCAGACACAGACGAAAGGGGUGUGAAGAGAACGAGGCGAGAGAGCGAGGCCGCCGCGGGUGCCGAGGCGGGAGACACCCGGAGAGGGAAGGCAGCGCCUGUCGAGGAAGAACGGAGCGCGGAGGCAGAGACAUGCCUCGGCGGUAAAAGAGUUCUUUCUCACUCCACAGAAGAAGAGAAAACGGAGACAGAGCCAUGCGUUGCCUGUGGAGAUUCCUCUUGGGAGAUCGUGAGAAAGGCAACACUUCGUGAGGCACUCUCGUGGGUGGAGGCGUCCUUCUCGUCUGAAACUGAGGUGGACGGCGGAGACAAACGGCGGAGAAGAAACGAGAGAGAGGAACGAAGAGCAAGAACGACGCGAGAAAGCUAUGCGUGUCUCUCUGAAGAAGGCGGGAAGGCAGGUUCGAGUCGGGGAGAGAGCGGAGACACGUUGCUGAGCAAGGCCGAGGUGGUGAACUCCAGGAACGAAGUCUCAGCCGCUCCAGGAGCAAGUCCUUCCUCCUCGGAGGCAGGCGAAGGUGUGGGGCGUCUGCCGUCUGGGUCUCUGUCGCGGAGAAGGCGGAAAACCCGUGGACCUGAAGAUCUCUUGGAGACUUCAUCCUCGCCCUCGGACGGACCGAGCAGCGCGGGAGUGCGAGUGGAGACCAAGGAGACGCCCAGGCACGAGGGUGGAAGCAGUUUCUGGAAGACGGAGGACGCCGCCAGCGCCCCAGCUCGCAUGCGCGAUGACGCGCGAAUUCUGUACAUCUACACAGACGGGGCGUGUCGCUCGAACGGCCGCGGAAAAGAAGCGAAAGCAGGCGUCGGAGUCUUUUUCGGAGAUGGAGACCCCAGGAACGUCUCCCGACGCCUGACGGGUCAGCCGCAAACGAAUCAACGCGCCGAACUGCAGGCGAUUCUUGACGCCCUUGUGCUGCUGAAGGCUUGGGAGGAGGCGGGCAGGGGGUUCUGGGGGCCAGCUUCGGAUGGCUCUCGAGAGACGAUGUCGACUGAGGCAGCGGAACUGCCUCCCUGUCGUCCAAGUCCUCUUGCCUCCGACUCCCCGCAGACACUAGCGGCUUCUGAGGACAGAGACACGCCCGCCAUGGGACUGUCGAAAACGCAGACGUUUCUUCCCGCGACCCGGGGAACGGGUCGAGGCUCUCUGCACGCAACGAGCGCUUGCGAGGGAGAUCGAGGGGGAAGCAGCUCGCGUCCGGGUCUUGGUGGAACAGGGGGCUUGUUUUUUUCUGAAAACGACCCGCUCGAAAUGCGCAUCUGCAGCGACAGCGUGUACGCAGUCCGCUGCGUGACAGAGUGGGUGACCGCGUGGAAGGCGAACGGAUGGCGCACGUCUGCAGGGACUGAAGUUCGAAAUCGAGAUCUAAUUGCAAAGAUUCACGAGCUUCUGCAAAGCAGGAAACUCGGGGACGCGCGAUUCUCCAGCGAAACCCCGGAGCUGAAGGUAGAAAGAGAGCGCGACUCUGGAAUGUCAAGAAAAGAACACAAAGCGCCCAUCCAGGGUGGCUGGGGAGGCAGAGGAACCAUCGAGUUUGUGUUGAUCAAAGGCCACAGUGGAAAUUACGGAAAUGAAAAAGCCGAUCAACUCGCCUGUCUCGGCGCCACGCUACCCUCUGAAGGUGAAGAGGAAAUCCGAGGAUAG